AGCUGUUCCUAGCUUUCUGAAAGCACUGUGAGGGAUGAGGAGCCAGAGCUUUCUCAGGAUUUGAAGCUGGCAGAGGGUGCCACCCUCUUUCCCACCCUUCUUCCCCUGUGUGUGAUCGCGUUAUAUUUUUCCACAGGGCAGCACCUCCUUUUCUCCCAGCCUGUGAUUCUCCUGAUCACAACUAAGCAUCCAUCUGGCUGAAGUUGAUUUCCAAAAGCAGGAAUCUCUGGAGUUGGACUGAGGGGAAUGAACCGUGAGGGAGCUCCCGGGAAGAGUCCGGAGGAGAUGUACAUUCAGCAGAAAGUUCGGGUCUUGCUCAUGCUGAGGAAGAUGGGAUCCAAUCUGACAGCCAGCGAGGAAGAGUUCCUGCGGACCUAUGCGGGGGUCGUGAGCACCCAGCUCAGCCAGCUCCCAUCGCACUCCAUCGACCAGGGUGCAGAGGACGUGGUCAUGGCGUUUUCCAGGUCGGAAACAGAGGACAGGAGGCAAUAGCUACGAAGCAUCCUGGAACCCCCUGGAAGCCAACAAGGGCCAUGAGAGCUCUGCCAGCUCAGGAAGCUGGCUGACUGCACCAGGUCCCCUGCCCUUUCCCCCUUCCCAGCCUUCAGGCCCCUAACCCCUCCACCCUGCCCUGGAAAGCACCUCCCAGCCCCGCUACUCAGCUGGUUGUGUUCUCAAGGGAGAGACCAGUGGUGCACAUGGGAUUGGUUCAAAGGGAUGGACUCUGCAAUUGGCUACAGGGAGAAACCUUUUUAUUUUUUAAAUCCUGACCGAUGGAAACCUUUUCUUUUUAUUUCUGCCUCUUUCACCACCUCAUCCCUUUUCUGGCUGUCUGGGCAUAGAACUUCCCAGGAAGCUGUCCUAUGCCUUGGUGCUUUAUUUAGGUCAUUUUUAGGAAUGUGAAAAGGUUUUGAUUGGCUACCUAAAACUGGAAACACCUCUUGAUUGGCUGGUGAAAGGAAAACGCUUGUCUCUUUGAUUGGUUUCAGGUAUUCUGCUGAUCUCAACAGCUUGAUUCUGAGUAAAGAGAAUAGGGUUUGGGGCAUUGGCUGUUACAUUUGACUUGAAAAAAAAAUACAAAACCAAGUGUGCUUUGCGAUAUUUAUUACACAAAAGAGCUGCUGCUGCUUUUAAAUUUUAUUUUUGAAUUUGAUUGGCUUAUGGUCGAUGUGUUUGAUUUCCCGUUGGCUCCUCCAUGGCUCCAGUAGCCAUAGAUUUCCCCCAAAAAACAACAACAAAACCACACCACCUCUGCUGCUUGAAAUCUCUGGUCCCAGGGGGAAGCCAGCUCAAGAGUGUAUUUGCAUUAAUAAGUGCACCUGCCCUCACUGGAACUGGAAAGUAAAAGAACCCCUGGGGUGGGGGUGGGGGCACAGCUGGGGACCCAGGACAGACUGUAUUUCAGUUCUGUAAGAGUCAGUGUUAAGAGGUCACCAGGAGCUGAGAGAGAGAGAGUGAGUGAGUGUGUGUGUGUGUAUGUGUGUGUGUGUUUGAGCUCGCUCUCUAGCAUGUGCGUGUCACUCUUUGUAGAGUGAGGAUGAUGUUGCUGUGGAAAAUCCAGCCCUCUCUCCACCUUACAACCUUGUUUGUGCUGCAGCCCAGAAGCUUCUUACUUGGAGGGGAGAUUUUGGUCCCUCAAGCUCUUAUCCAUCCUUGUUUAGAGAUUUCUGCUGCUUCCAACAUUAGGAGUAAAGGACGCUAAAUACCGUGAGGCCCCUCGUGAAGCACACAGACCCUUCCCACAGGAUUACUUGACCCCUGGCUCUGGAACCUGUGGCCAGUUGAGGAGAUGGGGCUCGAUUCACCAGUCUUAGGGAUGCCUUUGGUCUACCCCACUUUCCCCUCCCGUCCCUUAUGCUUCUACCACCCCAUCCCUACACUAACAGUCUUGCAGUAACUAGAAUGUCUGGAGAGCCUAAGACCUCUCCUGCAAGGGGCAGUCUUCCCAGCCUACACCGCCCCUUGUAAUUGCCUACAUAUUGAAAAGAAAACCAUCAACCAUAGUUGCCAAGAUUUCUGCUUGGCAGGCCCCUCCCAGGGCCUUCUCCCAGCGUGGCAGGUAGGGCCAGCAUCAGCUCACAUUUAUUAAUUCCCGACUUGUACGUGGUCCCAGGGCCCAGGCCCUGUGGAGCCAGGGAUUGGUGCAGAGAAAGCAGGGAGCCUAUUGUGCCAAAUCCCUGCAGGCAGUGUUAGAUCAGAAGCUCCCCAUGGCCACCCAGCCUUCCUCCCCCUGAAGGAUCCCUGCACCCCCAUCUCUCCUGCCUACCUUUGUGUGGCAUGCACAGGACUGUGCUUUCAAGCAGGUAAAUGAAAAGAUGCCAACUCCAUAUGAAGCUUUUCUUGGGGAAGAGGAAGCCUCAGCCCCAUCCCCGAACAAAUCCAAAGUUUUUCUUAAAGGGUCUAGCUCUAACCCCUUUACCCAGGGAGUGGAUGACAUUCUCCGAGCCAAACAGCACUUCCUGCCCAAGGGCCUGGGGCCAACCUGCAGUCACCAAGGCCUGAGUGUGCAGCUUCGGUGUGCCAGUGGGUUAAUGACCUCAAGCACGUGAAGAGAGGGAGCAGCAGAAUGUUCUGCUGUCUGUGACCAAUUAGUAACGCUAAGGAAGCCACCACGAUCUCUGGUCCAAGCCCUUCAAGGUCAGUUAGUUUGGUACAAUAUAAAGUGGCCCAUAACCCUUGCCAGGCUGCCUGGCCUUGGUCACAAACGAAACAGGAGUAAGAAAGAGGAUGUGCCUCUUCAUCUCCUCUCCUCUAGGUAGACUCCUCGAUCGUGGGUCAGUAGCAAUAUCUUCACCUACAAAGGACAACAUGUAAGCAAUGCUCAGUGUCGUCAGCUGGAAUCCCAAUCAUGGGUGAGCUCCGAGAGCCCCGACAUGCCAGGGCGCCCUCCUUGGAGUCAGGUUUCAGUCUCUUAUUGCCUAGUGUACUCUUUGUAAGAGCGCAGCUCUCUUCAAGGGGCAGACUCCAGAUGGAGUGGCUAUGUGUUUCUCUUUGGCCUCAUACCUGCCCGUGUCAAGCUAACAUGCAUCUCUCUUGUGUCCCCAAUGACAACUCUGACCUGUCUCAUCUUCUGAAGAAGAAAAGUGAAAGUGUUUCUGUGGCUUAAUAUUUUGACUAAAAAUGUAACUGUUGGGGAAAAAAUAACAAUAAAGGUUUUUAAUAGCUU